UGACACAGUGUGUAAAUAAAUCCACUCAUGAUUCUGGCGUUAUGGUUAUCAACUGUAGCGUUUAUAGUUAACAUUCUGUUCUGAAGUGUCUAUACAUUUAGUGAUUUUUUCCGAAUGGUGUUACUCUAGUCCAAUGCUUCAGUUCUCUUGCUAUUAAAUGAUCAGAGAUAUGAGAAAUCUAACUCACUAUAAAGAGUUUACUUAACGAUGGUUCGCAUCUGUCUGAGAAGGAGAUCUCACUACCGCCCUGUCAAUGCGGACAUCUGGUGCUGACAUCAACAUGACCAAUGACCCUGGUGAGAACGCUGUUUCAGUGGCUAUUUCAUGUGGUCAUCACGAGAUGGUGGACAUGCCGCCUCUAAGACGUGCCCAUCUUAAUACUAAAUCUCUCGUAAGCUUUGCAGCGGAAGGUAGGCUUGAUGACGUAGAGAAACUAUUACGUCAGGGUUGUGACGUCAACAUGCACGAUUCCACUGGAGAUUCUCCUCUGAUGGCUGCAGCAAGAAACGGACACCUGAGUGUCGUCAAAGUGUUGCGUUCUUCAGGAGCGGAGUUGAACUUUACAAAUAAGGAGGGCUCAACUCCACUGAUAGCCGCCACUGAAAAUGGAAAUAUGGACACUGUCGAAUAUUUGGUAAAAAAUGGAAGUAUAGUCAACGCUAGUAGAGCCGAUGGUUGGACGGCGGUGUUUGUCGCUACAGAGAAAAGCCGUGGCGAUAUUGUCGAACUUCUUUGUCGCUACUCUGCUGAUGUCAACGUGGUCUGCGAUUUCGGGUACACCCCCCUCUUUGUGGCCGUCUUGAACAACGACCUUCCCAUGAUCGAACUUUUAAUGCAACAGGGAUGCGACACGAGGACCGUGGACUCGAUGGGCCUCACGGCCUUGAUGCGCGCCUCCUUUCGUGGUCUGUUGGGCGUGGUUCAGGUAUUCUGUGUCCGUCAGGUCAAUGUCAACGUCCAGAACCCGAAGAACGGGCGCACGGCUCUACACUACGCCGUAAUCAAAAACAAUCUCGAAGUCGUUCGUUGUCUCGUGGAAGCUCAAGCCUGCGUGAAUGUGAUAGACAGGACGAACAAGACACCUCUCAAUUACGCCAUCUCCCAGGAGGUUUACAAAGUGCUCCUCCAACACGGAGCCUACGUGAGCCAGGACUCUUGGGGCUCGUCUCGGAGACAGUCCAUCAGUUCCUGCCUAUCACUCUCAAGUGGUUGGUCGAAGACUACCACCGCCAGCUCGGUUAAGAGUUUUGAAACAUUCGUUAAGGAUGAAAAUAAUCUGAUGGAGACAGUUUACAGUAAUGUGUUGACAACAGUGACUGAAGGGCCGGCGUCUGUACUGCUGAAAGACCCGGAAGUGUACAUGCUAAAAGGUGACCAUGACGUGUCAGCAGACGAAGAGCCACCCUUGACAAUCGAUGACCUCCCAAGGCAGACAAAGUCACUAGAGGAUGUGGUAGUGGACAGUCAUGGACUCAGCGGCUACCUACAACGCUGUGCAGAGCACUACGUGGAUACUCAUGUGGCCGGAGUCAGCCGUUCGACGGCCACCGACAGAGUGGAAGUUUAUAGAAAAAACGAUGGAAUGACCAACUACAUAACACAGAACAUCAGUAUCAACAUUGAGCAUGCCACCUACGUACAGACGGCAGAGAGUAGUCGUAUUAUUAUCAAAGACAACCACAAUGACGUCGCGGUCACGGGUUGGGGAACCCACAUGUGUAGGCGGCUCCCAGCAGACUCUGCUAGCGAUGGUCUACAGGGGUACAACGAUGAUCUGGUUGAUACUUUCAGCCUUUACUCAUCUGGAUGAAGUACACCAAUGAUUGAUCAGUGACUGAGCUGUUAACAGUUCAUGCAGAGAUGACUUAAGUGAAAGUUUGCUAUCAUGAUGAUUUUUUGUUACAGUUACUUAAUUUGUGUAAACUGGCAUCCUGAAACAGAUGGUACCACUGUUAUGGAGUGUAUGUAUGUGUUCAUUGGCAGAUGUAAUCUGAUGCAAUUGCAUAUAAGAAGUUACAUACUAUUGCAUGAGUUGCUUCAGUGACGUAACUAGGGAUUCUGGGGCCAUUGAGCCAUAUUUCUCAAGAGUGCAUUUCCAAGAUCACAAGACAUAAUACAGACAACACACAAUGUUCACGUGUCGCUCAGGUGUAAGCGAUGACGAGGUCCUCAAACUUCCGGUCAUUGGGCCACCAUGCAGCUUGCUAGGAUACCGAACCACGUGCUGAAGAUUCGAAUAUUCCGAAUGUGUUUUGUUCAUCGCGAACUUGUUCUAAUGGACCCAGGACACAUGUGACCUUGUAGUAUGAUAAGGUCAUAAGACCAGUGACUUCUGCUGUACCGGCAAGUUAGUCCAGGGGUACUUCGUGGUCCCAAAUUAUAUUACCCAGGCUAUUAAUAACAGCCUCUAGAUCUGGGGUUCUCAACCUGUGGGUCGCGACCCCUUUGGGGGUCGAUUGACGAUUUGCCAGGGGUCGCCUAAGACCAUCGAAAAUAAGGAUUGAUUAUGUCUAUUCUUCUAU